AUGGUUCAAACUAUAUUCGGAGUAUGGGACUACAUUAUAAUGGUUGCUACCAUGGUAGCAUCUAUAGCUAUAGGCGAAUAUCUGCUAGCUGAUAGAAAUAUGUCGAUAUUCCCAGUGGCGGUAUCACUUAUGGCAUCGUUUAUGUCAGCCAUAACCUUGUUAGGGGUGUCAGCAGAAAAUUAUUACUAUGGGAUGCAGUUCGUUGUUAUCAACAUAUCCUAUGGAAUCGCCACCCCUAUAGCGUCUAGAUUAUAUUUGCCAGUAUUCUUUAACCUGCAGAAAACUAGUACAUAUGAGUAUUUAGAGUUACGCUUCGGACCUCACGUGAGGAUGUUGGCUUCAUUGACCUAUACUUUACAAAUGAUUCUAUAUAAUGGGAUAGUUUUGUAUGCGCCAGCGAUAGUUUUGGAAUCAGUGACGGGUCUUGAUAGACUGGUUUCGAUCUUGGUAGUAGGUUUAGUAUGCACGUUUUAUUCAACUCUGGGCGGUAUGAAAGCGGUUUUGUUCACGGAUUUACUUCAAUCCUUCCUGAUGUUCGCUGCCGUGUUCAGCGUCGUCAUAUUCGCGUCCGUACAACUUGGCGGUUUUGAACAAAUAUUUAUCAUAUCGAAAGAAGGCGGCAGAUUGGAUUUUUCGAACGUAAGCUUGGAUCCUACAGAGAGGCAUACUUGGUGGUCAUUGAUAAUCGGAGGUCUAACCACGUAUCUGUCGCUCUAUGCUGUUAAUCACACACAGGUGCAGCGGCUCCUCACAGUGAGUUCCCUGGAGCGGUCCCAGCAGUGUCUGUGGUGGAGCUGGCCUGUGCUGUCUGUGCUAAGUUUGAUCACAUGUAUCAGCGGGCUCAGUAUAUACGCUGUUUUCCGUGAUUGUGAUCCAUGGAGUGCCAAAAGCAUCAGUGCUAUCGACCAGCUCAUGCCUUACUACGUGGUUCAGUCCAUGCAGUCCGUCCCAGGACUGGCCGGACUAUUCGUCGCUGGUAUAUUCAGUGCGUCUCUAUCGACCAUAUCAGCGUCUUGUAACGCACUCGCCGCUGUCACACUCACCGAUUAUGUUAGCAGAUGGUGCAAAAUAUCGCCGUCAUACAUUCCAUGGUUGACGAAGCUGGCAGCUUGUGUUUAUGGCCUGGUUUUCCUCGCCUUGGCUUUUGUAGCAGAACACUUGGGGGGUGUUUUGCAAGCUGCUUUGACAAUUUUCGGUGCGGUUGGAGGACCUCUCUUGGGUCUUUUCACACUGGGCAUGUUCACUACUUACGCUAAUGAAAGGGGCGCGUCGAUAGCUCUUCUGAGUGGUAUGGCGAUGACUCUAUGGAUUAGUUUUGGUGGUCCGCGACCCGCGCCAGUCAAACUACCUCUCAGUGUUGAAGGCUGUGCGAAUAACUUUACGUUACCCGUAGCAGAUACAUCUAAAGAGUACUUCUAUUUAUACAGGGUGUCCUAUAUGUGGACUAGUCCGAUCGGUUUUGUAUGGGUGAUGGUGGUAGGUUCUGUGUUGUCGUUAUUAUGGAAACAACAGCAGCCUUGGGAGCGUGCGGGACGGUCGGGGCCGGACCCAGCGUUGUUCACGCCGCCUCUUGCUCACAGGCUGGCACAAAAGAAACAAGAGGUAUGGGGUUAUGGGGUUAAGGGUAACGGGGUUUGA